AUGGUCGUAACCCAGAAAACGGCUCCGGCGCCUUCAUUACUGACUUCGCAUAUUCAGCUUUGCCUGGCGCACUAUUGCGAUCUCCACGGACCAACGCCUCUUAUGGUCACUGAAGGCCUGCCAGUGCCAUGCUCCAGAUGCUAUGAUGAGACAACAGAGUCCGAACGGCCGCAAACGAGUGCCGCCACUGGCGUGCAUCCUACUGUCGUAGACGCCAUGCGUAGGAUGUCGUUGAACAGCAACCCACGACCAUCGAGUACACCUGCAACAAUUCCAGAGACACAACAAGCGCCGGCGCAGCACCCAAUGCCCAAGGCUGGCAUGGACAAGCCGGCUCUGUCUUCAACUAUCGAGACACCGCCGCAAAGCCCACGAGAUGCCCCAGAGGGUUUCAAGGAUCAAGCCAGAAGCGGCACACGCAAGGACUUCCGGAAGACAUACGAUGACUAUGUGACAAAGCGUGCAAAUCCGUGCCAAAAUUGCGCGCUCACGCUGCCCAAGCGUCAAGAUGGCAAUUCCGGCAAAGACAAGGCUACUACUGGUGGGAGCGACAAAUCAGACAUGCAAGGGCCGACAUUACGCACACGGGCACCGUACGCACGUGUCUAUGGAGGUGGUAGUAGGGAUGCCAGUCCUCCUAGUUCGACACCACAGUCGUCAUGCACCUCCGAGGACGAAGAAGUGUCGCCCAAACAAACCACACGCGCCACUAUUAGCAGAAGACCCACGACAUCCACUUCAAGGUCCAGUAUUUCGUCCAAGUCGGGAGUCAAUACGCACACGCACUUUCUCGAUUACACUAGUACCCAUGAGCCUCAGAUCGCAAAUACAUACUCGAUUGUGCGGAACUCUUGCCUGCGCACGCUUUCCUUCGAGACACUCCCGCGCCGGACGGACCACGGUUCGGCCAACAGUUCCACCAUGAGCAGUCCCGUGUCCAGCGUUGCGCCUCAACUGCCUACAAACUAUACAUCGCCGCCUCUCUCGGUGAACCCGGCAUAUAUAAACGCAACACCCACGCCUCAAUCUGCGGCGUCAGGAGGUGGACCAAUCUUCUUUGGAGACUCCAUCAAUGGGUACACUACUGCAUACAUCUUUCGCAUCCCCGACAUGCAUGCGCGCGGAAGGAAGCGUGUCUAUGCUUUUCUUGCCUUGACUACACAUCGUGAAAGACUAGCCAUGAAGGUCUUUGGCUUCAUUGCGGCGGCCUUCCGGGAUUUAGCUGCAUGGGUUCAAGAUCUGGCCGAGGCCGAGGCAGAGCGCGAGCGUGAAAGACUCGAGGAACAGGGUGGUCCAACUAGCAACCGAAGCUCGUACACUGGCGGGUUUGAGCGAGGCCCUCGUGAUAGUGGCAUCGGUCUUGGCUUAGGCGGCGGAAGUAUUUCGGAGCGUGAUCGGGAUCGCGACCGAGACAGUGGAAGCAGCUUCUUGACAGGAGGAAACCGCACUGGCUUUGCCAACAGAAUGGGUAUGGGUGGAUACAUGGGGCCCGGUGGCUUUGCACCCAAAGCGCGCGGCCUGGCUGAGCUGGUCGGCCUGCCCGACUUCUUCAUCGAGCUACACACGAGAUUUGUGCGUCUCUUGCUGGAGCUCGGCGUCGUCUUGGGCUCGUAA